UCUAGAGUAACUUGGAGAUAGAAUUACAACUUUGAUAUUCAACUAAUAGCGAUGUUGUGGGCACUUUGAAUUUUACGAAAAAAUCAAUACCUCGAUAAUUGGCUUACCUGCAUCCAAUGGUAUUGCCGGUUCUUUAUUUGGUAUAAAAGACGAGAGAUCUAUAUUUUGUCACUAAAAUCAUUUUCAGGCCUGUACUUACUGCUCGGAAUGACAUGUUAUCAACACUCGGUUCUUAGAGCUAAGCUCUGGCUAUAAACAUGGACCUACAUCUACGUCCCUUAUUUCGCGCCUUGUGUGUUUUGACAUCUGAACCCAAACUUUUGUAAUCGUGAUGUUAGUGUUAGGCUGCUUUCUCAGCAGCAUGAAGCAUUCACAUGAAUGCUGUCUCGAACUGUAAGUCAGUGUAUGUUCAGCAACUGUAGAUCUUUUACGUGUAUCGAGCUCGGUAUUCUCUAAGUCGAAAGGAAAAAGUUUUUGAAAUGGAAUGUUCUAUAGGUAUUGUCACACGUGAAGAAUGCCAUAAGACUACGUAUGGUGCCGUCAACAAACAGUUAACGCUUGUGAGUGAAUUGGGUGAAGAGAAACAAACUGUUUUAAAGUUAAGAUUGGGUGAAUGCGAUUUGAGGUCCAUAUGCAAGCAUCAUGAGAUUAAAUAUUCUGUUAAAUACAAUCACCUGUUUGGAAACAUUUGUUGUGACCCGCUAAAAGUGCACAAACGAACCAUUAAGAAAGGUUUACGUGAAAUUUCAUUAGAACAUCUCAAGAAAGAAAAGAAUUUUCCGGUAGCUCUAGUACCAGGUAAAUCCUUGUGUCCUAAUUGUUACACAAAGAUUUUUGUUCUUAAAGAAACCGUAAGUGGGGGCAGUAGUGGUUCUGGAAGGAGCGAGUUUGCACCUAUGCAAGAAAAUGUGGCAGAAUUAGAAGCAGUAUGUUCGGCUCUAGAUAUUUCUCCUGUGGCUAAAAUUAUGAAGAUGAAUACUGGGAAAAGACCCGCUGCUUUAUCAAAAAAAUGUAGAAGAAUAUCCGACUCUCUUCGAAGGAAACUAGCGAGUUCAUUUUCAGACGACUCGAUGGGUCUUGAUUCAGAUGAACAAAUACCUUCCUUUGCAUUAAGUGAGGAGUAUGAUUUGUUGAUUAACAAAUUAAAGGAGAAAUGUUUAAUCUCAAACAAAGAGGAAAAAAUUAAAAUCAUUAGCUUAUUGCCAACUUCGUGGUCAAGACAGAAGAUAAGUCAAGAAUUUCAAGUUUCUGAGCACUUGGUUAGAAUUACUCGAGCGCUUCAGAAGACGCAAGGGAUCCUUCCGGAUUUAGGCAAAAGGCGUGGCCAUCCAGUUCGUGACGAAACAAUUCAGGCUGUCACGGAAUUUUAUGAAAACAAUGAAAACAGUAGGAUCUGCCCUGGAAAAAAGGAUUGUGUGAGUGUUAACGUGGGAGGUAUCAAAGAGCAGGUUCCAAAAGUGCAAAACUGUGCCCCAUACAAGAGAAAAACACCGGGUCGUCCCUCUGGAGGAAAACACGGUCAGGUGUUAUAAAACAUCUAAGUCCGAUGAUUUCGAAGACAUCGUGGUAGUGGACAAUUCCUGAACUACUUUCAAACAAACUGGACGAUUUUCAUCGGAGUACACAAAGAACUAAUACUAUUGGAUGCAGGUAAGCCAAUUA